AUGCUAUUAGACCAUUCUAAAUUCCCAUUUUUACAGAUCCCUAAAACUUUGAUUUGACUAACUUCUCAAGGAAUUGAGGGCUGUUCAGAAGAGUUCAAUGCUAAUGAGCAAAAUCUUGGCAAUAUGCUUCUGGAUUUUAGGCAAAAGGAUGAUCCUGAUGCUUAUAUCUUACUCCGUUGAAGCCCUUCAGGUAAAUUUAUCUCAUUCGAUGUUUCUCUAAGUAUCCAAGAAGCUCGAUUUGAGGUACAGAAAGAUGAAAAAUUUACCAUCAAAGGUGAUCUAGAACGAAAUGAAUAUAUUUUGGGAAUCUAUAAGCUUACUGAGAUUUAUAACAAAACAUACUACUUCUGAGCAGUAAGCAAUAUAGGGAUGGUUUAUGUUGUCAAACGAGUGCAAGAUUCCUGACAAGUGGUUACUAGAAUAAACCAUAAAGCCCUUGAUAGUGCCAAUGAAGAGACCAAAGAGAUAGAGACAUCUCUUCAAGUCCUGAAAAUAGCCUCUUCUCCAUAUGUUCCUGGAGAAUUCAGCAUCCUUUACCAAAAAGGUCUGCUGCUCAUUGUCAAAAUUGAACCUGAAGAGGUUAAAUUUGAUUAUCAACGAUAUAACUUAAACCAAGACUUAAUUCUUGAAGCAGAAGAUGAUUUUGAUGCUGAUUCAGAUUCAGAUUUUUCAGAAAAUAAUGACAAACAUUUCACUUCUAGGAUCAUUGAUAUUGAUUAUGGGUUUGCUCCAGGCAUAUAUUACAUUCUUUCAGACUAUUCUAUCUCAAUUUUGGACUUGAAUAAAAGCCAUAUUAAGAUAAAAAUUGAUCGUGAUCCAACAAUUCCUGGAAGAAACACCAAUGCGGCUGCAUUUCAAUGCUUGAGGACUAUUUCUUCAGGGCAAUCUCAUGAAUCCUCACUUCCAGAAUUUCAACCCGAAAUCAACGAAAGUAACAGAAUUCUAGUAAUAGAUGACUAUGACGUGACUAUCUAUGAUAUCAGGCACAUGAGUAGGCCUAUCCACGGCCCUGCCAUGCAUAUGAUCGAUGAAGGAUACCCCAGCUAUGUGACAACACCCCAUGUUUGCCUCAACUUUGACAAUCAUCAGGACCAUUUCGAGGAAUUAGAUAAGGAAUACGACCUCCUUCUAGAGAAUUUAGAAGAUGAAGAAGAACUCGAACUUUCUGAGUUUGGCAAGAAGGCUGAUAAAAUUAAUAACGAAAUCUGAUUGAUAGCUAGUCCUACAUCAAUAGUAGGAAUCAAACACGAUAAAGUGAAAAAUAAUGAUUAUUACAACCAAAUAGAGCAACUCCAGUACUCAAUAAAGACCAAGGAGAAUUCUAUAGGAUCUGAAUUUCCUUUUCUGCUUCAAUGAAGUUCAUACUAUAGCAAAGCUAGGUGCAUCUCAGGUUGUUGCGUGGUAGAAGACAAAGACUCAAAAUUUGCUUAUAUCUUUACAAGUGACAGAAUUCGAUCUGCACCAGUUGGACAGGAAGCUGAAAUAUUGUCUAAUAUUUACCUCCAGAUUGUUCCAAAGACAGGUCAAAGAAUCAAACUGAAUUUUCCAAAUCCUUCAGAUGUGACUGAGGAUAACCAGAUCCCGAAGUAUAUUGAAGACACAAUUCCGAAAUAUGAAGGUGAAUCUCCUCUAGAUUCUUUAUCGAGCAAAGCUGGGUUCAAGAAGUGUGGUACCACAUUGAAUAUUAGAAAGACCAGAGCAGCUCUGAAUCAACUUAAACGUCUCUCUAAAAUACAAACAGAGGAAGAGAAGAACCACCAGGAAGGAGAAGAUAUCCUUCCUAGUGCCAAUACUGUUGCUAGUACAUCUGCAAAUUUAGCAAGACCUGGGUCUUUACCUACUAAGAAUUCGGCUUUUAGAAGAUCUCUUACUGAGAUUGACGAUAACAAAGAAGUCACUGACCAUGAAACUCCGGAUAAAUCAGCCAAUAAAAAUCAAGAUAACUCAAUUGAAUCUAUUUCUGAUAGAUUUUAUGAGUAUCUUCGGAGUGAAGAAUACACCAAAAUUCUUCAGGAUGAAGAGGUUACUGAUUUCCAUAUCUUGACGCCUAAAUUGUAUGACUUCAUAAUGAAAUUAUGAGACUAGCACAUAUCCAU